CCGAGAUGUUCAAGUUGCUGCUUUGCUGUGUGGGCUUGUUCGCAAGUGUCUAUGCGAUAAAUUAUGGGCAGGACCUAAUGACCUUUGAGCAGUACGAGACAUUGUUUGCGAAAACUUAUGCAACGACAAAAGAGCGUAAUGAUGCCAAAUACUAUUUCAACUAUCAUAGACAAUGGGUAGGCCAGCAGAAUCAAUUGGCAGAUCGCCAGAAGAGCAGCUUUAGAGUGGACUUCAAUGCGUUCUCGGAUAUACGUACGCUGGCCUUUGCGGCGCGUUUGCCCAAGGCGAUCUACCCCGCAGUGUCUAAUGAUGCAACGCCCAUGCCAGCGACUGGUCCAACUCCAGCAGCAUUCAAUAUAAUUGAAGAGUUUCAAGUGCAAGUGCAAGCACAGGAUCAAGGCUUGGUUUGCAGCAGCAGCUGGGCCUAUGCAGUGGCCAAGGCGGUGCAGAUAAUGAAUGCCAUACAGUUGGGAACUCUCGCGCCAGUUGAUAUGUCGGCGCAACAUUUGAUUGAUUGCACCGGCUUGGGCGCUGGCUGCAGCACUCAAGUGCCACAAACAGCUUUCGACUUUCUACAACUGCCCAACGCUCAAUUGCUGACCCAGGCGGAUUAUGCAGCAAGUCCAGCACAAAGCACGCAGGGCAUGUGCAGAGGCAGUGCGUCCACUGUCGGCGGCAUUCGCGUGCUCAGCUAUGCACGCCUCAGCACUGAUGCCGACGUCAUGCGUUAUGUAGCCAGCGGCUUUCCCAUCAUAGUCGAAUACAAUCCGGCAGAAUUUGGAUUUCAGCACUACAAGAGCGGCGUCUAUGUGCCAGCCGCGCCCAAGGCACAGGCCUCACAGUUUCUAGUCGUAGUUGGCUACGGACAUGAUGCUGAGAGCAAUCUGGACUACUGGUUGUGCCUCAAUUCCUUUGGCGAGGGCUGGGGCGAGCGUGGCUUUAUUAGGAUUGUGCGCAAGGCAGCGUAUCCAAUUGCCAAGCGUGCAAUCUUUCCCAAUACUUUGGGUUAAGGCUUAGUGAAAUAUAUAUAUUUAUGGGCAUUCAAUGUAAAAACAUUUGCUUUUUGUUUUUGUUUUGUGAAAGUUUAUAACUUGUUCCGUUUUAUUCAAUAUUAUUCAAUGGUUUUGUAUUUAGUUUAUUUAUUGAUUUUUCAUCUACAAGCGGAGCUUUACAGACUUAAAUACUAAAAAUUAA